GGGAAAAAAGACGAAAAAAAAAAAGGAAGGAGCUCUCUUAUAAACAGAUCCUGUUUGGUAGCAAUUCUCAGUUUGUUAUGCAUUUCACGUGGACGUUAGACGCCCAGAAAACUGGGACAUCAUGAAGACGCGUCUUAUUUGCAAAAUGUUUUGGCUUUUGUUAUUGCUGGUUGCUUCAGCGGAAGGGACAUUUUUCGAAUACUCGAGGAAAGCGUUAAUUGACUUUUUUCAAACUUUAAAAGAGAAAAAAGAGGAUCAAAAAUUAUGGAAUGUUCAUCAUUAUCAUGUUCACUAUUAUCCCACUCCUUUGGAGGAAUUAAAUGCAAAACCACUGCACGCACCGGAAAAAAAUCAAUUAAAUGAAUUGCAUAGCGAAUCUUUAAGAUCGAUGGGUUGGUCGGAUCAAGAAUAUCCUCUUCCCGAUCCUAAACUUAUUUUUCCAUCAAAAGCUGAAGAAAAUUGGCUCGAAACAAAUGAAAAUUCACGAAAAAUGUCAUGGUCAUGGGACAACAAUAUAUUUGAAACGAAACCAGUAUCACCACCAUCAGUGGAACAUCAACCAGUUUUGGUACAAGUUCCAAUUCAUCAACAAAUUGUCCUUCAACAACCACCAAUUAAAGAGGAGAAAAAAUUGUCAUUUUUCGCGGCUCUUUUCCAAAAAUUGCGACGAAUAACAAAAGCACUCUUUCAUGUGGAAAAACCUCAUGACGAUUGUGACGAUAGAAAAGACGAUGAUGAAACAAUAACAACCAAUAAACUUAAUGGUUAUAUGGUUUAUAUAAAUUCAAAAGCAAAUCAAAGAGUUUAGUUUCACAAAAAAAAAGGGAAGAAAAAAACAUCUCUUUUUUGCAAAUAUCAACUGUGAUAACUGUUAAGAGUUUAAAAAAAAAAUUAAUUUUUUUAGUGACAAGUGAAUAUAAGGCUUUUUUUUCACAUAAGAAUGAGAUAGUAAAUGUAAAUUUUAUCGACAAUUAGUAAACUUUGACAUAUUUUUAUUUUCUAUUGACAAAAAUUGCAGACUGUUUUAUCAACAGUUGGCAAAUAUGUUUGUCAUUAUACUUUUAUCAACCAUUGAUAAAACGUUUGUACCUUUUUCUUGAUGGAAAAUCAGUGAAUAUUUCCCCUCUUUUUAAUCUACUGUCAAUAAAACAAAUAUCUAUUUUAUCGUCAGUUUGUAAAACAUUUUUUUCAUUUACCAACUAUCGGUAAAAAUGUUUUAACAAUAAACAAAAGAAGACAGUAAAUGAUGUCCAUCUAUACAAAUAAAUUUUGUAUUUUGGAA